AGGAGAUGUCUAACAUGGAUAACUUGCAGUUGGGUGAAGGCGUUUGUCGAGGCGCAGGGUCAGAUUGCCCUGACCAACGUGCUCCUGAAAAUCAAUCGAAGGAAAUCCUCGGUACCGGGACCGACCCCGACCGGCUCGGCGGAAAAGGACUUGGAACGCGAAUAUGACAUUGCCAAAUGUCUGAAAGCCCUGAUGAAUAACAAGUACGGUGCCGACGAUGCCCUGGCCCACCAGCAGGUGAUCGUGGCGCUCAUCAGCUCGUUGCUGUCGCCGCGUCUGCAGACCCGGAAGAUGGUCAGCGAGAUUCUCACUUUUCUGUGCCAUUGGGGCGACGGUCAGGGUCAUCAGAAGGUCCUGCAGGCCUUGGACCAUGUCAAGAACCAGCAAGGCGAGACGGGCCGUUUUGACGCCUGGAUGCGCAUCGUCGAGGUUACCAUCGACGGCCGGGGUAAGAUGGGCAGUUUGGUCGGCGCCAGUGAAGAAUAUCGCAGCGGAGGGAUUGGCAUGGAGAACCUCCUGAUGGAAUACGCUGUUGCUACGUUGAUGCUCAUCAACAUGCUGAUCGACGCGCCGCAGGAUGAUUUGCAGCUGCGAUGCCAUAUCCGGGCGCAGUUCAUAUCAUGUGGCAUCAAGCGUCUGAUGACGAAGAUGGAAGGCUUCCAAUACGAGGUGAUUGACAAGCAGAUAGAGCACUUCCGGGAGAAUGAGGCUAUCGAUUAUGAAGACCUGCUCCAGCGGGAGACCAGCAGUACGAAGGAUAGCGUCGAAGGGGAGGUCAAGGAUAUGAGUGACCCCAUCCAGAUCGCCGAUGCCAUCGCCUCCAAGAUUCAGGGCACCCGUUCACAUGAUUACUUCCUCUCGGCCAUGCAGCACAUGCUCCUCAUCCGCGAGAACUCCGGGGAAGAUAUGCAUCGGAUGUUCCAGCUCGUCGACGCCAUGCUCAGCUAUGUCGCUAUGGACCGCAGACUGCCCGACCUAGAUCUCCGACAAGGCUUGAAUUUCACGGUCCAGAGCCUGUUGGAUCGGUUGCAUACGGAUGCCGAAGCUAGGCACGCCUAUGAUGAAUCGGUCGAAGCCCGCCAAUUGGCUGAGGCCGCCAUUGCCGAACGGGAUGAAAUGAAGGCUCAAAUUGAGAUGGGCGCCGAUGGUCUCGUGAAGAAGCUACAGAAGCAGAUCGAGGAGCAAGCCAACAUAAUCGAGCUGCAAUCUCGGCAGAACGAGUCCCUCAAGGCGGAGCUUAGCGACCUCCAUCGCCUCCGUGCCCAGGAACUCCAGCGGAAUGAAUUGGAGACCCGAGAACUGUAUCUGAUGCUCCGAGAUGCCCAGGACAUUGCGGCAUCGAGCGCGAAGAAGUCCUCCGAGUCGAAGCUGGGUGAGACCGAUCCGGCCCAGAUGAGAGGGAUUUUGGAUCGUGAAAAGCUUCUGGAAAGACUCGAGCGCCAACUGGAGAGGACAAAGACGCAAUUCAAGCUGGAGGGUAAAGUCUGGAACCAAGACGGGCCUUCGGAUCGUCUACGAGAACUACGAGAGCAGAUGGAAGGUCCCGGACUGGCCGAAGAAGACUUUGACCAGGAAGCUCGUCGCAAUUUGACCAACAGCACCCUCGGCUCUGUUGCGCGCAAGAAGGGCCAUGCCGCCGAGUCCGAGAAUGAGGAGCAUCUUCCGGAGCUGACGGAGCAGGAUGAGAACGUGCCCUACGAGAAGCCUCGCCUGGUUGAGCUCCGACGACCAAGAAUGAACCCUGAACAGGCUACUGGUCUGUUAGGGGAAAUUGCUGCCAAGGUCCGCAAGUACGAUGAUGACGACGAGGAAGAGGCUGAGAAGCCUAAGUCCGAAGCGGACGACCAGGCAGCCAGCGCCGAGAAGGAAGCGGAGAGCAAAGACGAGACCAAGGACCAGACCAAGGACGAGACUAAGGACGAGACUAAGGAGACCGAGGAGAGCAAGGCGGAGAGCAAAGAUGAGAGCAAGGAGGGCAAAGACGAGAGCAAGGAGGAGAGCAAAGACGAAAGCAAAGACGAAAGCAAAGGCGAGAACAAAGAUGAGAGCGCAGCGGCACCGGUUCCACCACCACCACCACCUCCUCCUC